ACACUAUAAGAAGCGUUGUCAGGGCCGGAUGCGGAAACAUGUUGGUGACCUGUGUUUACAAGCUGGCAUGUUACAAGAUUCCUUGGUGCAUUACCACAUGGCGGUGGAACUUCUGCGGUCUGUGAAUGACUUUCUGUGGCUUGGAGCUGCUCUUGAGGGGUUAUGCUCAGCAUCAGUCAUCUAUCAUUAUCCCGGUGGUACUGGAGGUAAAGUUGGAUCUCGCAGGGCACAAGGAGGUUCUUUUUCUGCUGAGGCAGGCAACAGGCACAGACCAGGUGCGCUGACUUCAAACGGUAUAAACGCAGAUACCAGUGCUGAGAUAGGACGUGCCAAGAAUUGCCUUAGUCCUGAAGACAUCAUAGAUAAAUAUAAAGAAGCCAUUUCUUAUUAUGGCAAGUACAAGAAUGCUGGUGUGAUUGAACUGGAAGCCUGCGUGAAGGCAGUGAGAGUCCUUGCAAUACAGAAAAGGAGCAUGGAAGCCUCCGAAUUUCUUCAGAAUGCAGUUUAUAUCAACCUUCGUCAGCUUUCAGAAGAAGAAAAAAUCCAGCGUUACAGCAUUCUUUCUGAGCUUUAUGAACGUAUUGGUUUUCACCGAAAGUCUGCUUUUUUCAAGCGUAUAGCAGCAAUGCAGUGCGCUGCACCUAGCAUCCCAGAACCUGGGUGGAGGGCCUGCUACAAAUUGCUUUUGGAAACUCUCCCUGGCUAUAGCUUAUCAUUGGAUCCUAAAGAUUUCAGCAAAGGAACUCAUAGAGGAUGGGCUGCAGUACAGAUGCGUUUGCUUCAUGAACUAGUAUACGCUUCCAGAAGAAUGGGCAAUCCUGCUCUAUGCGUCAGGCAUCUGUCUUUCCUUCUCCAGACCAUGCUGGAUUUUCUUUCUGUAAUGGCCAAAUGUCUCUCCAUGGUGACUCCUGCAGCAAAGAACUUUGCUG